UAAUGAAGGACCACUACAACGACUGAAGAACUUGAUAUUUAACGAAAAAACGCUUGCCAAUAUAAAGAACUUGAUUAUUGAAUAUUGGUGGGCCGUCUUACUGAUGGCUAUAGGCCUUAUCCUGUUUAUGGGAUUGUUCAUCAAGUUCUGUGCUGUGCACACACCCAGCUCAAAUCCUAACGCCAAACCAGCCUUGAAAUUGACGGACACACUGAGGCGACGACGUCGUCAGCCAGAGCAACAGUACCGGGCACAGAACCACGACACUCAGUAUCCUUUGAUAGUUGGCCCAUCGGGACCCCCGCCGCCAUACUCAGCACACGGAGGCCCACCACAGGGGCACAGGAAGGGGGCAGGGGCUAAAGGCGGGAGAUACAAUAAUUUAGAAAUGCGCAAAGUUUGAACCAUAUAUCAUCUAAAUUCAGUUCAUCGUAUUUAAUGAUUUUUUUUAACGAAUGUACACUAGAAGAACAACAUUUCCAUAUGUGUUUUGAAUGAUGUACUCCUUUGGUAUUUUUGAUAAUAUUACAUUUGUGUUAAAGAUACAGAUCUGUGUUCAUUACUUUUUAAAUCAUUAUGCAAACAGAAUUCCUAUUUUCAAGAACAAUAUGAAGGGGUAUUGAGGUUUCAAUUGCCAAUUGUUUUUAUGUUAAAAUAAUUUUCUUCUGUAUUUCUGUAUUUUGGUAGAAUGAUAUUACAUUUAGGCAUUUUUGAUCGUUAA